ACCACCUGAGCCUGGCGAGAGCCCGGGCGCACGCAGUCUUCAGCCUCCUCCUUUCCGCCUCUGGGGGCUGGCGCGCAGAGUCUCCCCGAGAUAGCGCCGCCGCCGCUCCCCGCGCCACCCCGUCGUUGGCCUUGGGGGUCGGGAUGCUGCGGCAGGUUCUGCACAGGGGCUUGAGGACGUGUUUCUCCCGGCUCGGCCACUUCAUUGCGAGUCACCCGGUUUUCUUCGCCUCGGCGCCCGUGCUCAUCUCCAUCCUGCUCGGCGCCAGCUUCAGCCGCUACCAGGUCGAGGAGAGCGUGGAGCACCUGCUGGCGCCCCAGCACAGCCUCGCCAAGAUCGAGCGCAACCUCGUCAACAGCCUCUUCCCGGUCAACCGCUCCAAGCACCGACUCUACUCGGACCUGCAGACCCCCGGGCGCUACGGCCGGGUCAUCGUCACCUCCUUCCAGAAAGCCAACAUGCUGGACCAGCAUCACACCGACCUGAUCUUAAAGUUGCAUGCGGCUGUGACCAGGAUCCAGGUCCCGAGGCCUGGUUUUAAUUACACGUUCGCCCACAUAUGUAUCCUGAAUAAUGAUAAGACUUGCAUCGUGGAUGACAUAGUGCAUGUCCUGGAGGAGCUAAAGAACGCUCGGGCCACCAACCGGACCAAUUUUGCUAUCACAUACCCGAUCACUCACUUAAAGGACGGGAGGGCAGUGUACAAUGGACACCAGCUUGGAGGCGUCACUGUGCACAGCAAGGACCGGGUAAAAUCCGCAGAGGCCGUCCAGCUCACCUACUACCUGCAGUCAAUCAACAGUCUCAACGACAUGGUGGCUGAGAGGUGGGAGUCCAGUUUCUGUGACACUGUCCGACUGUUCCAGAAAUCCAACAGCAAAGUCAAAAUGUACCCUUACACGUCCUCCUCACUGAGGGAAGAUUUCCAGAAGACCAGCCGUGUAUCAGAACGUUACCUGGUCACCAGCCUGAUCCUGGUGGUCACCAUGGCCAUCCUGUGCUGCUCCAUGCAGGACUGCGUCCGCAGCAAGCCCUGGCUGGGUCUGCUCGGGCUGGUGACCAUAACCCUGGCCACGCUCACCGCGGCCGGCAUCAUCAAUCUUACCGGUGGGAAAUACAAUUCCACCUUCCUGGGAGUCCCUUUCAUCAUGCUAGGUCAUGGAUUGUAUGGGACUUUUGAAAUGUUAUCCUCCUGGAGGAAAACUAGAGAAGACCAACAUGUUAAAGAGAGAACUGCAGCAGUCUAUGCAGACUCCAUGCUCUCCUUUUCUCUCACCACUGCCAUGUACCUGGUCACCUUCGGCAUAGGGGCCAGCCCUUUCACGAACAUUGAGGCAGCCAGGAUUUUCUGCUGCAAUUCCUGUAUUGCAAUCUUCUUCAACUACCUCUAUGUACUCUCGUUUUAUGGUUCCAGCCUGGUAUUCACUGGCUACAUAGAAAACAAUUACCAGCAUAGUAUCUUCUGUAGGAAAGUCCCAAAGCCCGAGGCAUUGCAGGAGAAGCCGGCAUGGUACAGGUUUCUCCUGACAGCCAGAUUCAGCGAGGACACAACUGACGGCGAGGAAGCGAACACUUACGAGAGUCACCUAUUGGUAUGUUUCCUCAAACGCUAUUACUGUGACUGGAUAACCAACACCUAUGUCAAGCCUUUUGUAGUUCUCUUUUACCUUAUUUAUAUUUCCUUUGCCUUAAUGGGCUAUCUGCAGGUCAGUGAAGGGUCAGACCUUAGUAAUAUCGUAGCAACUGCGACGCAAACCAUUGAGUACACUACUGCCCAGCAAAAGUACUUUAGUAACUACAGUCCGGUGAUUGGGUUUUACAUAUACGAGUCCAUAGAAUACUGGAACACUAGUGUCCAAGAAGAUGUGCUAGAAUACACCAAGGGGUUCGUGCGGAUAUCCUGGUUUGAGAGCUAUUUAAAUUACCUUCGGAAACUCAAUGUGUCCACUGGUUUGCCUAAGAAAAACUUCACAGACAUGUUGAGGAAUUCCUUCCUGAAAGCUCCCCAAUUUUCACAUUUUCAAGAGGACAUCAUCUUCUCUAAAAAGUACAAUGAUGAGGUUGAUGUAGUGGCCUCCAGAAUGUUUCUGGUGGCCAAGACCAUGGAAACUAACAGAGAAGAACUCUAUGAUCUCCUGGAGACCCUCAGGAGACUUUCUGUCACCUCUAAGGUGAAGUUCAUUGUCUUCAACCCAUCCUUCGUGUAUAUGGAUCGAUAUGCCUCCUCUCUGGGAGCCCCCCUGCACAACUCCUGCAUCAGUGCUUUGUUCCUGCUCUUCUUCUCGGCAUUCCUGGUGGCAGAUUCUCUGAUUAAUGUCUGGCUCACUCUAACGGUUGUGUCCGUGGAGUUUGGAGUUAUAGGUUUCAUGACCUUAUGGAAAGUAGAACUGGACUGCAUUUCUGUGCUAUGCUUAAUUUAUGGAAUUAACUACACAAUUGACAAUUGUGCUCCACUGUUAUCCACCUUUGUUCUGGGCAAGGAUUUCACAAGAACUAAAUGGGUAAAGAAUGCCCUGGAAGUGCACGGGGUAGCGAUUUUACAGAGCUACCUCUGCUAUAUCGUUGGUCUGAUUCCUCUUGCAGCUGUGCCUUCAAAUCUGACCUGUACACUGUUCAGGUGCUUGUUUUUAAUAGCAUUUGUCACCUUCUUUCACUGCUUUGCCAUUUUACCUGUGAUACUGACUUUCCUGCCACCCUCUAAGAAAAAAAGGAAAGAGAAGAAAAAUCCUGAAAACCGGGAGGAAAUCGAAUGUGUGGAAAUGGUGGAUAUUGACAGUACCCGAGUGGUUGACCAAAUUACAACAGUGUGAUAGAGUCUGCUUGUUAUAUUUUCACCCUAGGUCUUAUCGAGAGCAAAGAGAUUAUGUUAAUGAAACAAAUUCAAAGUUGUUCUUUCUUUUUUAAGAAACAGACAUUGCCAAAGUAAAGGACAAGGGGGGAAAUGGGCAUUGCAUAUUUUCAGUCUUUUAAACAAAAGGACUGCUACCAGAAAGAAUUUACACACACAUACACACACACAGACACAUCUCUUAAACUAAGAUCAAAUAGAAGAAAGCUUAUUAGCAAGCAGAAUCCUAUUUUAUUCACACUGCAGAUGUUGCUGGUAUUGUGACAAAAACCUACUGAUUGAAAGGUCAGCUGCCAAAGCAGAAAUAGCUUUAAGCGUUGUUCAAACAAUAAAGCUUCCAGAACUUCUGCAGAGCAGUAGCUCCGGGCAGAGUCUAUGGUUUGAGGUCUUAGCUGUCUCAUCUAGCUCCCCAGCACCCCAAGGAGAUGCUUUCAAAAGUUCUAGCCAGCAAAAGCAAGCCACAACCUUGGAAGUGACCCAUGGUAGAGUGGCCAUCACCCAUGGAAUGAAAUUGAGUGAUUCCCAAAUUCGCCCAGGUGAGGCAGUUUUGUUGUGCAGAAUGAAGAAAUCAUAGCCCCCCAUCAGCAUACUUUGACCAUGUGUAUGAUUUGGUGAAUACACCUUUAAACCAAUGACAGCUCCAGCACUGCGGAGUUGGAGCGAUUCUAUUUUGGAAUAUCUUGUUGCUUGUCACCAAAUGGAUCUGCUUUAUUAGUUACAGCUCUUGGCAGGAGGCUCCGGGUACCCAAAGCUGCAGAGCCAAACCCAAAUACCUGGCAAGAUGAAGGAAAAGCAGGUGUCUACUUGAACCCAGAGGCAGUGUCUCCAUUUUAACAAAAAAUAUGGCCAACUGGUACAGCUGUUUGUGGUCUGACCCUACAUGCAGUGUUUGUGUGGCUGCCCAGAAGCAACAUCUGCUUGUGCAUAGCUGAGGAAGGAGAAACGAACCCUGAAAUGGUCAUCUGCCGUAACAUUUCAAGUGGCAGGGCCAGUCUGCCUUCGCUAUGAGACAUGGCUGCUCAGAGACGCAGAGGAGAAAAGGAAGUUCUUUGGUGAGUGCUAAGUCCUGAAACUGAGAAGCUUCCUAGAAGUGCAGGCAGGGAGAUGAAGGACUGAAGGCGAGACAGAUGGAAAUGACUGGAAGACGUAAUCACCAAUACACGUUUAUCAGUGAUGGUGGUCAAACGUUUCUGCUAAGCUGGCUGCACUUUCAUCAUCCUGGUGCCCCCCACCCCGCCCCCCACAAACCUUCGCUGGUGCCCGUCCAAUGCACUGCGCGGCCCUUCUGUACAUUAACGAGCCUAGAUGUUUAUACUGUUGGUCACAGUAUUUACAGGCUCUAAACAGAAACAACUUUGACUGGAAGAGGCUGUGUAUGUUGCCCCAGACCUCUGCAUUUCUUUAUGUCUAUAAAAAUGACGCUAUUUCCUGGUCACAUUUGAGGCAAAUGUCUACAGUAUUUUUCCCUUUUAGAGAUGUAGCUUAUUUAGACAUCUAUAGUGGGAAGCGCUUCCCAAAAGCACCUUUGCUCUCUGUACUGUGCAACUUCCCCAUCCUCCGCACAGGAGGAAACUGAGACCUAGGAGAGUAAAGCGACUCAGCCAGGGUCACACCGCUAGAGGGUUUCCAUCAUUUUAGCAUGCCUAAGACAGGGCAAACCACUUUAAGAUUUUCCCUUAAGAGGGCUAUUACUCCCUUCAAAGUACAUUUCCAAGGAAAAGAACAUAGGACUUUAUUGGCCACAUGGCAGAUUUUUUUUUUUUAAUGUCUGGGUAAUGUUUGGGAUUUUGGUUUGCCAUUGUCUUUCCAAACAGCAAAAAUGCCCAAAUGAUUCCAGUGUAAAUGCACCAAGUGCAAACCUGUGCUUUCUAUUUCCUGUACUGUCGUUCACUCAGUUCUCAAUACGUAGCUAGUGCGUUACACAUUUGUUCAGUCUCUCCUGCAGACACACUAAGCGAUCAUACCAACGUGUUAUGCACUCAACUAGAAGAUAAUGAGCUUUAAUCUGAGGACAAGUACAGUCCUCGAAAAAGGGCAAGUUCGCAUAAUAGAUCUGCGAUCAAUUCUCUCUCCAAGGGGCCUGCAACUAGGCUAUUAUUUAUAAAACACAGCUGAAGAGGGGAUUGGUUUUAUUCUUAAAUCAUAUGUUGCUAAAUCAUUUUCUGAGCAGUGUGUUCUAAAUCAGCCAUUGAUUUAGUGUCGGCCACGUGGAGCACCUCGGGUUAAAGCGACUCCACAAACACUGAUACAAUACACACACCAAUUAAAUGGAUUUUGCUGAGAAUUUAAUCAUUCAAUUUGAUCAACCAGAAUGACUUGCUGUGGAACUUUGUUUUAUGACAGAUAGUAGUUUCCCAACUUGAUUGAGUCUCUGUAUACCUUGGAAUAUUGUAUUUUUAGACGAAGGGCAUUUUCAACCUUGUCAACUUCCCUUUUCAGCACUUGAAAUCAAGGCUUAUGGAAUUCUGACUAUGGAAUGAUUUUUUUUUUUACUAGGGGACUCUGCAUGCCAAGAUUUAUUGUUUAUUGUUAGAUCAUUAUUAUUUACUCGUUAAUUAUUAUUAUUUACUCAUUAAUGAUUACUGUUCUGAAAGCAUUGGGUUAGCCCCAUCAUGGAGAAGACACUUGAGAAGCAACUCCAAAUCACAUCCCCAUAAAAUUUAAGUCUUUAUCUUUACUUCAUGAAGUUUUUCUUUUUCAAUUGCUAUAAAGAGGGAAGGAACAAGCCUAGCAAACACUUGCAAAAGUUUUAGUUUCAAUUAAUUCCAACCAAGACAUUAAUGUUCACUUUACCAAAGAAACUUAUUGGUUGGUUUUGAGUUGGUGUUUGUUUACCAAAGAAAAUAUUCCAUUUGUCAAAAAAAUUUCUCCUGGUCAACUAAAAAACUGUGAUACUUGGGUGUUCUUGACCAGUCAUAACGAAGAAAAGGAAAGGGUCAGGGUGAUAUUCCUUCAUUGAAUAGAACUCUGCAGAAUAUGUAAAUUUACAAGAAGCUUGGGGUUUGCAACAAAGAAAAUGAUACUGAAACACGGCAUUAUUGUUUAGCCCCAUACCAAUGGUCCAACAAGUACCACGAGGGCUCCUUGUGCUAAAAGAAGGCCAUUUUCUCCAAA